GAGACGGCGCCGUGCGACGGCAUCUCCUGCAGCGUCUGCUCGAGGAGCCUCGCCGAGGGCGAAGGCCUUUGGGGCUGCGACCUCUGCGCCUGGUGCAUGUGCGAGGCGUGCAGCGCCGAGGCCGCCGCCAAGGCGGAGGCCGCCGCGGCCUCGGCGGAGGCCGCCGAGGCGGAGGGGUCGGCCGCCAGGGCCCCCGAG